AUGUUAUUUGCUCACAACAGAGAGAUUCCAAACACAGACCUGCAGCUCAUUGCACCUAACCCAGACCUGCAGCUCAUUGCACCCUGCUCAGACCUGCAGCUCAUUGCACCUAACCCAGACCUGCAGCUCAUUGCACCCUGCUCAGACCUGCAAAUCAUUUUACCCAGCUCAGAUCUGCAGCUCAUUGCACCUAACCCAGACCUGCAGCUCAUUGCACCUAACCCAGACCUGCAGCUCAUUGCACCCUGCUCAGCCCUGCAAAUCAUUUUACCCAGCUCAGAUCUGCAGCUCAUUGCACCUAACCCAGACCUGCAGCUCAUUGCACCUAACCCAGACCUGCAGCUCAUUGUACCUAACCCAGACCUGCAGCUCAUUGCACCCUGCUCAGACCUGCAAAUCAUUUUACCCAGCUCAGAUCUGGAGCUCAUUGCACCUAACCCAAACCUGCAGCUCAUUGCACCCAGUUCAGGCCUGCAAAUCAUUACACCGAAUUCAGACCUGCUCCUCAUACCUUGCAGCUCAUUCUAG